ACUUGUGGUAUCAGCAACGUGACUGCUUUGCAGCUGACUGAAUUCUUGGUGCAAGAAAUCAGUGGUGGCAAGAUUCGAAACAGACACACCGGUCAACAUGAGCACGGCAGGCAAAGUUAUUAAAUGCAAAGCAGCAGUAAUGUGGGAAUCCAAUAAACCAUUUUCUAUUGAGGAAGUGGAAGUUGCCCCACCAAAAGCACAUGAAGUUCGCAUAAAGAUUGUGGCCACAGGGAUCUGUCGCUCUGAUGACCAUGUGAUAACUGGUGGACUCAUUAUGCCUUUCCCAAUAAUUCUGGGGCAUGAAGCAGCUGGUGUUGUGGAGAGUGUUGGGCAGGGAGUAACUUCGAUCAAACCAGGAGACAAGGUUAUUCCACUCUUUGUUCCACAAUGUGGGGAGUGCAGCAGCUGCUUAAGCACCAAGGGUAAUCUGUGCCGUAAAAAUGACAUUGGUUCAGGUGCUGGAUUAAUGCCUGAUGGCACCACUAGAUUCACCUGUAAAGGAAAAGCAAUUCACCAUUUUAUUGGUACAAGUACCUUCACCGAAUACACAGUAGUGCAUGAAUCUGCUGUAGCCAAAAUCGAUUCUGCUGCUCCUCUGGAAAAAGUUUGUCUCAUUGGCUGUGGAUUUUCAACUGGUUAUGGGGCAGCUGUGCAGACUGCCAAGGUGGAACCAGGCUCCACCUGUGCCGUCUUCGGCCUCGGAGGAGUUGGGCUCUCUGUUGUCAUGGGCUGCAAAGCAGCUGGAGCUUCCCGCAUCAUUGCCAUUGAUAUCAAUAGCGACAAGUUUGCCAAGGCCAAAGAGCUGGGAGCCACCGACUGCGUCAACCCUAAAGAUUUCAAGAAGCCUAUUCACGAAGUGUUGAUCGAAAUGACUGGCUGUGGUGUGGACUACUCCUUUGAGGUCAUCGGCCGUACCGAAAGCAUGGCGGCAGCCUUGGCGUGUUGCCAAUACAACUACGGAGUCAGUGUGAUUGUGGGAGUGCCCCCUGCAACACAGAAGAUCACUUUUGACCCCAUGCUUCUCUUCACUGGUCGCACCUGGAAAGGGUCCGUCUUUGGAGGAUGGAAGAGUAAAGAUUCAGUCCCUAAACUGGUUGCUGACUACAUGAAGAAAAAAUUUGUUCUGGAUCCAUUAAUAACCCACACGCUUCCUUUCACUAAAAUCAAUGAAGGAUUUGAUCUGCUAAGGACAGGGAAGAGUAUUCGCAGUGUCCUGGUGUUUUAGGUUUCCCAACUGU